AUAUUCAUUGACCUCCUUGUAUGUGCCCGAUUAGAGCUACCGGUCAUGCACGAUAAAGCCUUCUUGAUUGCUUAUUUACCUGACGAAAUUGACGAGUUAAAUGGCUGAAGUAGCCAAGUCCACACCCCACCCCUCUACAGGAGGGGGGAAGAAGAUCAAGGAGGGUGUAGCGAGCCAAGAUGGAGGUGAUGCAGGGGGAGAAGGAGGCGAGAAGAAGCUGUCUAAGAAGGAAAGAAAGAUGCUGAAACAGAAGCAGCUUGCUGAGCAGCAGAAGGAGAAAGAAUCAGCUCAGGUCCAAGCUCCACCAAAAAGCAAGGCAGAAAUGAAAGCAGAGAGGAGGGCAAGACAGGAGACAGAGAGAGCCGCCAAACUGGCCAAGAAGUCUGGAGAACCUAUCCCUCCAGGAGUGGGAGCAGCAGGAGCAGGAGCUGGAGCGGGAGGCGGAGGGGGGAGUAGUUCACUUCCUAGUAGUGGAUCCAGUGGUCAGCUACAAAGUAAAGCUAGUAAACAGACAGGAGAAACUUAUCUCAAGAAAGAUAUUUACAGAGUCUCGGAUGAUAUCAAACUAGAUGACCCUACUGUGCAGAAACGAAGAGCAAAGAAACUUGAACGGCAACAGGUACCACAGAGGGCCGAGAGUCAGAAGAAAGUGGGUCUCUUCUCUCAUCUGAACCAGUUUGAGCGACAGGUCUCGCUGACGAGCCGUCUUGGCUUUGGCUCUGGUGGGAUCCAUCCGGCUGUUAUCAAGCUAGGUCUGCAGUACGCUGAGGGUAUCAUAUCAGGAGCUAACUCCAGGUGUGUAGCCUUGCUGGUAGCCUUCAAGCAGGUUAUAGCUGAUUAUAACACACCACCUCAGAAAGACUUGUCCCGAGAUCUAGAUUACAAGAUCAAACCGUACAUCAAUUUCCUCAACCAGUGUCGCCCCAAGUCAGUCAGCAUGGGCAAUGCUAUCAAGUAUCUUAAGAUGCAGAUCAACAAUAUCCCUCAAGGCAUGCCAGACAAGGAGGCGAAACAGAGGUUGUGUGACUGCAUAGACAGUUACGUGAGAGAAAAGAUAUUCUUAGCCCAGGAAGCCAUUUCCAAGACGUUUGCUUGCAAAAAGAUCAGAGAUGGUGAUGUCAUCCUUAUAUACAGUUGCUCAUCUUUAAUCAGGAAAGUCCUGUGUGAUGCUCAUAAAUCUGGUAUCAGCUUCCGGGUCAUCAUGGUGGAUAGCAGGCCGAAGGUUGAAGGUCGUGAGGGCAUUAGAAGGCUUGUAGCUGCUGGGAUCAAGUGUAGCUAUAUCCUCAUCAAUGCAGUCUCCUAUAUGAUGCCUGAGGUAUCUAAAGUUUUCCUGGGUGCACACGCCCUCCUUGCCAAUGGCUACGUCAUGUCAAGGGUCGGAUCAUCUGUCAUCGCUAUGGUAGCAAAAUCCUACAAUGUUCCAGUUCUCGUCUGCUGUGAGACAUACAAAUUUAGUGACAGGGUACAGACCGACAGCUUUGUAACAAAUGAACUUGGUGACCCUGGUGACCUAGUCUCUAUCAACCGCUCAAAGUGCAACCUGGCUGACUGGAGAGACAUCAAUGCCUUGACACUUCUCAACCUCGUAUAUGACGUCACCCCGCCAGAUUUUGUUUCCAUGGUGAUCACCGAGAUAGGAAUGUUACCGUGCACGUCCGUGCCUGUUGUACUUAGGGUCAAGAACAUAGAGAGCUGAGGUCAGCAAGAGUAGCCGGAUAUGAACUCUCAUCAAGUAGUGCUCUAUGAUGCUGUAUCUAACCCAUGUAGAUACAGUUUGAAAAUUGGUUUAACACACAUUUUCCAUAGAUUCCAGCACUAGCCAUCUCGAGAUUGGUAUCCAAUGGGUUAAAGGGAGUGUAGCAUGGCAAAUACUGGUUAACGCCAUCUACGUCUUCUUUUAGACAACUGCACGUAAACGAAUGGACUUGAUUAACAGUAGUCAGCGCGUGCGAAACAGACUGAAGUUCUCCUCACGCUUCGGAUUUGCGUAUAUUGCAUGCACAUGAAUGAUGUGGUCGCUUCGUCCGUUGUCGUAUUAUACCCAGUUGGCCCGAGUAUAGCCAUGCUACACUCCCUUUAAAGGCUAUAUUUACAUGUACAGCUUGGCUUGGAUUAAGGAUAGCUCAGAGGAAUUAUAAUACUCUGCAAGGAAUGGAGAUGGUGCUCAGUCAUGCCAUUUGCAGAUGUGAUAAAGAUAUGGGGUGGUGACUGUUAUCUGUGAACACUUUGGGCAACAAUGAAUUGGAAAAUGUUCAAGUUUAUUGAUAUCGUCACUCUUCAGUGUAUCCUUAUUUUCCUUAUUCAAAAUAUCAAUUACAGAUAGUCUAUAUUCAUUCAUAACUUUAGUUUUGCAUGAUGUGAUCUCUUCUAGAUUCUGUCUCUUAAAAAUAUCUAAUCACAUGUUACAAUUUACACAUUUUCUUUUAUUUGGAGGGGAGGAAAGUUGAGCAAGGAUUACGAUCUAAUCCUUAUGUGUGCGAUGGGAAUUUUGAAAUCUUAUUAACCCCAUUGCCUCCAGGAACCAGAUGGUACCUGUAUAAAGCGUAUAGAAACUGUAUAAAAGAAUUAACUUUUCAAUUAUCAACUACCAGGAAGUAUUUCUCCUUUAACUUCUGUAUUCUUCUUCCGCUUCAUUAUAAGUACAGGCCACUGCCGGGUGUAUUCUCAUACUGAUGUAGGUGCUGUGCAGUUGUAUAUAUAGUGACUCAAUAAAAGACCUACAAAGAACUGUGCAGCAAAACAGACAUCUGUAGCUUAAGAGAGCUGGAUCUCGAGUACCUCUCUCUUAAAGCUUGGCAGAGAGGUACAGGUGACGGCAGCCUGGGGGUAGUGAGUUACAGAGCCUGGUGGCAUCAGGAAAGAAACUCCUUUGCAGUACUUGUGUCCGAGCAUAUGGCACUUGGAGUUUCUGGUCAUGGCCUCUUCUCCCGAAGCAGGUAGGGAUGGAGUCAGAGCUGCCAGGGGGAUGAAAAUCAGCGAGU